AUGCUGAUGUUCGCACUUGUCACGUUGCAAUUUGCGUGCUUAGUUUGGACGUUGGCCAACAGCCGGCAGUGGUGCGUUAAUCGGUUCAACGAGGCCGCCGUCAAUGCCGUGAAGAAUUGCAGGACCAUCCACGAACAACGAGCAGCGUGCAAGCUCAAUUUCACCAUCACAACCCGGAAAGAAAUCAGGGAAUGCAACAACCCCAAGUACCUCAUCAAGAAACGGAUUAUACUCCUGGCGCUUUCCGAUGACGACGAGGGGUGCACCAUAGAGGACAUCGCAGUGUGCAAUGCGCUGGCCAGCGUCUUCAAUAACCAAGACGUUGAUUGGGAGUCUCCGCAGCUCAACGGCUGCCUUGGCAGGCUACCUAAACCCGAGGAACCCCUCUUCGACACCGUGAAUCCGAGCGACCUCUACAAGUUCCUCAUGCUGUAUAACAUCAUGGGCACGGUGUUCAGCGUCCUCGUAAUCAUCUUCUUCUACGUCGUACGAUACAUCACGGUAUUCGACGCCGUCAUCUAUCAGCCGCGGAAUUCCAACGACAACAUUGCCAUCAAGGUCAUGCGACCGAUCACCAUGUGGGCCUAA